AUGGAUAGAAGGUUAGCUUGGGUCACACAAUCCAUUGAUGCCUUGUAUUCUUUAAUAGAUAAAGAUCCUUCUAUACUACAAAAGAUUGAAGCAUCACCGUAUGUGCAUACGCCGCUUCAUGAAGCAUCAAUGUUUGGGAAAAUAGACAUGGCCAUGGACUUGAUGGUGUUGAUGCCAUCGUUUACGUAUAAACUAAAUACACGGGGAUAUAGUCCAUUGCACCUUGCCGUGGAGAACAAUCAAGUCGAGAUAGCACUAGAGCUAGUCAAGUUUGAUCCCAAUCUUGUUCGUCUUCGUGGCAGAGGAGGUGUGACACCACUACAUCUUGUAGUGGAGAAAGGUGGUGUCGAUCUCCUCACGGAGUUUAUCAUGGCUUGUCCCAAGAGCAUUUUGGAUGUAAACGUAAGCGGUGAGACGGCUCUACACAUGGCGGUCUUGAACGGCAGAUAUGAAGAGCUCAAAGUGCUUACGGGAUGGAUCGAAAGAAUACGCCAAAGGGAAGCUGCGUCUAUGGAGAAAGACAUCCUAAACAGAAAAGAUCGUGAGGGCAACACGGCGUUGCAUGUCGCGGCAUAUCAGAAUAAACAUCAGGCAGUAAAACCGUUGUUGAAAUGCCUCUCGCUUGACCGGAACAUCCAGAACAAAGAUGGUUUAACAUCCCUAGACAUACUUCGGGCCAACGGUCGGUACAUGGACAAAGAUACUGAAAAACUGAUAAGAAGUUGGGGUGGAAAGAGCAAAGCUGCUCUACCCAAAGUCAAGACAUCGUCUGAAUAUUUGAGAUCACGGGUUACGUUCAGGGAAUUUUGCUCCAUCCAAAUGACACGUUACAAGAGCGGCAUAUCAGAAGGAACCAGAAACGCGCUUCAGGUGAUAACCAUACUCAUCACCACGGCUACGUAUACAACAGCACUACAGCCACCAAGAUGCCUAAAAGACGACUAUUCAAGUAAUUACGGAGAAUUAAUAUGUCUACUACUUUGGGGAUUCAUUACGAUGUCUUUUUUUUUCUCUAUGUUUUUGAACUUCAUUCUCUUACCACCUGGUAGAGAGUACACUUGGUUCUAUAUCUUGAUCGCAACUCCUCUCUGCUGCUCUUAUGGGAUUGCAAUAUUGUUGAACGGCCAGACAAGAAUAUUCUUUCCAAUAUUCCUUGUGAUUGUGACUCUAAUUGGCUUUCUUUGUUAUCUGAUUUUCUUAUUCUUGAAGUGGAAAUUAGCUCUCCAGCUGAGGACAGUAAAGCCCAAAAGUCAGAUGGUUUUGGAAGGUUUAUCGACAAUAUAA